AUGAUCCUACAUGGUCCCAGUAGCUCUAGCGACUCGCUUUCAAGUGCCACGACGGACAAGCGGGAUCUCAUGCCACGUAGUCAAAACAAUAGCAUGACAAGUAAUAGUAGUAUUCUUCAUAAAUUUACAGCUGAUGAUCCAAACUCCUUUGGUUCCAUGUUGGACCAGCUUCAUGCUGAACAAAAAGGUACAAUCGAAGCUUUGACUUGUCAGGUUGAAUUCUAUCGUCAGCGAGAAGAACGUGCACGUCAAGAGCUCGUAACAUUAAGACGCUGUCUACCACUUGCUGAUGGGGAUAAGGGCACGGCCUCUGUUGCGAAAUUGGCCAGUGAAAACCGUGCCUUGGGCGACAAAUUGGACGCACUGCAGGCGAAAAAGAGUGGUUGGGACAGGGAUCGUACACGGCUGGAGCGACAGAAGAAAGAGCUAGAGAGGCAGUUGAAAGAUGCCAAGCAUACACUUACGAGUUUCUCGCAGGCCAUUGAACAGCUGGAAAUUAAGAUGCAGCGCAAAGAGGCGGAGGUACAGACGCGGUGCCUUGAACUGGAGCAGGAACUGAGUGAUACUAAGCACGAGUGUGAGCAACUGCAACAGGACAAGACAGUGAUGCAACAGCAGCUGGAAAAACUUCAGUCAAAUAGUGACGAGAAUGCGAGAUUGCGCGCUGAGCUGCAGACGUUGCUACACAGUGCAGGACACAGCUACAGUGAACAGGUCAGCAGCUCAUGCUUUUCAUUGGAGAUCAAUAGCAUUCGUAAAAAGCUGAAUAGCUUGGAAGAUACCAAGCGAAAACAAGAAACAGAAAUUCAGGAACUGCGAGGGAAGUUGGCGGUAUUUGCUGCUGAGGUGUCGGCAGCUCAGCUUGAAGUUGAGCGCAAAAACAGCGAGAUUAAGGAGAUGCAGCUGAAGCUGGACAACGCGAACAAUCUAUUGACUCUUCGAGAACAGCUGCUUGCAUCGGACGACAGCUCGAAAAAGGAAGUUGAGGCACAACGACAGGAACUAAUGGCUUUAGUGUCAACGCUGCAGCGCGAAAAGAGUGACCUACAAUGCGAGAUUUCCAGCUUAUGCAAGGAAAAAGAGACCACCAAGGCGGAGCUGCAAACUGCGAAAUCACGGCUGACCGCAAAAGACCACACAAUGAUAGUAUCGACGCUUCGUAAUGAAGUUGCAUCGCUAAAGGAACGCCUUCGCAGUGAGUAUAUGGACGAAAAGAAUAGUUUGAUAUCGGAGGCCCAAUCGUUGAAGCAGGAGCUCAAGCUGCUGCGAAAGCGACUGGCAGAGAAAGACUUUGCUGCUCGCAAACUGGAAAACGACAUUCUUGGACGAGACGAGAAGCAAAAGCAGACUGAGUACGACAUCCGACAGUUGCGAGAGAAGAUUAGCCGACUGGAAUCUGAGCUUGGUCAGUCCCGAAGUAAAUACGAGCAGCUUGAGCAAUGCCGGACGUCGUUAGUAGAGCAGCUUGAUUUCGGAUUCAAGGAGUUGCUGAACGACGAAGAGAGUGCGGCGUCUGCGCAUGAAGAGGUGGAGAAACUGCGCAGCGAACUGACUCGGAUAAAAAAAGAUAGUUUGGCUUUAGAAACCAAACGGCAAAUGCUGGCGGAGGAGCUGGAUCGCACCAACAGUAACAACCGGGAUCAAGUUACGCGUCAGAAUGAGAAGAUUGACGAGCUGUACCGUCAGCUUCUUGAAAAAGAGGAGAUCAUCACGUCGUUGAAGGGUAAUGAACGCCAAGUGGCCUUGCUACAACAAGAGAAAGAGUCGUGGGAAGGAGCAGUCACUGAUGUGCGCUUGCGCUUUGAAAGCCGAGUGGAGACGGAAGUACGUAAGGCCGACAAUCUUCGCUCUCGGAUUGAACAGUUGGAACAGGAUAAGCUGUCUCUGAAGCAGCAAAUCAAUGCGCUUGAAGAAGAAAACGCAACUUGGAAAGAGAGAACACAUGCGACCGAGCUAUCUCUUAAGCAAAAAGAUGAGGAGUUGGAGGUCCUUCAGCGCGAUCUCUCUCGUCUUGAAACCCAGUUUGUUGACGCAACCAAACGAAUUGACAAGGGACAGGAAGAGAUCACGAUCCGUGAGCAGAAACUGUUGAAGGAACGAAAGAAGAUGGAGCGCGAGAUAAGUCAGCUCAUGCAUCGCAUUGAAAAUGCUGGCCAGCGAAACUUUGAGCUUGGCGAGAAGGUGAUCGGGUUUGCGAAGCAAUCCAAGGUGGACCAAACAGACUUGGUGGCGUUGAGCUCUCAAAUGAAAAGUUACAAGGACCAGGUAAAGGUGUUAGAAACACAACUUGGACAGAUUCAUCGUCGCAACGGAAUGGAAUCCAACACCGUAAGCGAUCUUCAGAGAAAACUGAAUGAUGUGACAUGCUUGAAAGAAAGCUAUCAAAUCGAGAUCAACAACCUUCGGCAGAAGCUAGAUGACGUACAGAACGACUACAUUGUGGUAAAACAACAACGUGACGAGGCCGUAAAACGAGUCCGUCUUCUUGUACGGUGUCGCGAUGAAAUGCAGGCGACCAUGGAAGAUCACACGGCGGAGUUAGUUGAAGAAAUCGAGGCGCUGCAGCACCAGAUGGAUAGUGAGCGCAAACGGUGUGCCGUGCUACUUGCCAACGAGAAGACGCUGUUGCGCGAUCUUCAAGAGCGGAACGCAGCCAUCACAAAGCUACAGCGUACUCUCUCAGUAUGUCAACGUCAAGGCCAGGACAAAUGCAGCAGCGAUCGAUCUAGCAGCUCGGUUUCCAGUCGAAGGCGGCGCUCUCGAGACAGUAGCGGCGCAGGCACCCCAGUGAAUAGAAGCGACCAAUCCACGGUCCCUACGACGACCUCGCUGUCCCCGGAUCACCACCAUAAUCAUUCGCAGCAGCAGGAGCCGCAAGAAUUGCUCUCGUCGAGCUCCGCAUCGAGCAUCAGGCCGACCAUGACGCCGGGAAAAGAGAUGGAGCACCUAUUGAGUAAUCUGGAGCGCAUUUCGGACUUUUCAGCGCAGAUGCAACAGCUUCAUCCUUAA